AUUAAUUAUUUAUAAACACACGUAUCCACGCACAUUCAUUUGUAUCAGUGCAAUUGUGCAAGUUGUAUAACCUAACUGACCAUUUUUAGCAAUAAUGGGUGGGUUUGAUUGGGCCUACAGUGGAGUAAAUCCGAAAAUACCUCGUAAUACUGGACCAGAAUGUGCCUAUUAUUUAUCAUCAGAAUGGCGUCAGAAGGAAACCGUAAUAGUCUUAAUAUUUUCCUUAGUUCUAAUCAUUUGGGGUUAUUUAAACUUGUCACCAUCGCAACCAACACAAUAUGUUCGAACUGAACGUGGAGGAAAACGCUUGCUACUUAUUAUAAUGUCCCUCAUUUGGGGUAUGGAAAUUGGAUUCAAAUUUGCUUCAAAAACUGUGAUAUAUAUUCUUAACCCCUGCCAUGUGACAACUGCUAUUCAAAUUUAUUUAUUAGCAGCUCCACCUUCUAAUAAAGUUACAGCAUUAUUUAGAAUUCAUUUAAAUUAUAUGAAUGGACCUCUUUUGGCAUUUAUUUUCCCAGAGACCGAAAGUAGAAUGAUUCCAAUGGAAGCAGCAAUUUAUUGGAUUCAACAUUUUUUAAUGUUAGUAGUGCCUUAUUACCUCCUGAGACUUGGAGGUGUUUAUAAUAUGGAACCCCUACGUGAUUUAAGUUGGAAUUGUUUAUCAUAUGGUUUAAUCUUAAUAUAUCACUUUGUAAUAUUACAAGGUUUUGCAAUACCAACACAAGUUAAUUUGAACCAUAUGCUAUGUCCAGCAAUAUUAGAUCCAUUUCAAGGUCCAUAUUAUCGUUUGAUUGCAUCUGCCCACCAAGCUCUUUUAUGUCCAUUAUUGUGUAAACUAUUUUACAUUAGUGCAAAUUAUUUACUUACAAAAUUUAGUUAUACCAAAGUAAAGCCAAAGUUGGAAAAUGACCUGACAAUAUCAACUUUCAAGGAAAUUGGACAAGGUGACAAUAUAUGUGUCUGUAAGACAGAUAAUAUAAAUCAAAGAAAUGGUAAAACACAUAUAGAUUAAAUGACUGGUAAUUGGUUGUGGUAAUUCAUUUCUAUAUUAACAUACUUAGUUAGAAUUAAUUUUAACAAAUAGGAACAAUUGAUAAUUCUCGAUCUCAUUAUAAUAGUUAGACACUUUAUUGGUUAGACAUGUAGUCAAUUCUAGGGAAGUUGCAAUGCAUGGCUACUUACUAACAAUAUUUACAAAAAUAAUCCUAGCUUAGUUUAGAUUCGAAAUUGCAUUCCAAAUAUGUUUUCACUAUGAAAACCGGUGCAUAUAAAGCUCACAUGUAAAUGUAUUUAUAUGUGUAUAUGCAUAUAUUUAUAUAUACGAUAACAUUUAAAUUU